AAAAAGCAUCACUCUGACCAAUCAGUGCCCUCCUCUGGGUGCACAGUUGUUGUUUUUUCUUCUUAAUGUUUUUUUUUUUUUUUCAAGACGAAGGACAAGCAAGUUCAAAUGGCUUUUGCCAUAUCUCCAUGAAUUAAUGUUUUUGUUGAUAAAGAUAUAUAUUUUAAGGCUGAAAAGCGACACGAAUGGAAACUUCGUAGUGGAAGGAAUGUUACUGGUGUCUUGCAAAGAUAGAAAAUGUACCUUUGGCGCUUCUCUAUCGCCAUGAUUCUUGGGCUUGUUUGGUAUUUCUCGGACUGCGGACAGGUUGUGGCUCAAAUAGUUUUGUGUUUACUAUUUUGGCCAUCAACCCCUCAUUUCUUCAUAAAGACCGGACGGGAAAGCGGCACUCAAACAUACGAUGUGGCUGAAGACAACUCAUUUCAGGAAACACUAAAGGAUGAACAUUUAGGUUGUGGUGUGACUGAUACAACAAGCACUAAAGCUAAAACAUCACAGGAGACACAGUUUCCCCAUGUGAAGAGGUCUCUUCAGCAAGUGUUUGAGUGUGCCUACGCCCAGCUAGUCCUCCCCUGGUACUGCGUCCCUGAGCCCUGUGACAGUCAGCUCCUGCACGGGGUGCUGUGGAAGGAGUUUGACCAAGUCAUUGAUCAAGUCAUCAGCAGAGGCAAAGACUUUGAUGUCUGCUCAGCAAGUGUGGGCUGCAUUCGCAUCCUGACCCAGCACCUCCAUAGUGCCAAACAGUCUGAUAGAGAACCAUUGUUCAGCUCUAGGGGAGAGGAGGUUGAAGUUCUAAGAGUCUUCUCUGAAGCACUGGUGCGAAACCUUUUCCCUCAGUCUCUAUGGGGACUGGCAGUCAGCCACUGUGCCUUAAAUGAGAUUGUUGCCUUAAAAGUGCUGGACCUGCUGGUGCGGUGGCUAUCAGACCCAGACAACCUCAACCAGCUGGUGGUGAGUCGGCUGGAUGGAGUGACCCCCAAGAGCUCUGUGGAAGAGCUGUGUGAGUCUAACUCUGACGGGGCCUCUCCAGCCGCCCUGGAGAGCCAGACCAGUGAUGCAACACUGGAAGAAACCGAGAAUGCUCAAACCGGUGAUGGCAAGUCCAAAAAGAAAGCCAACAAAUUGAAGGAAGGCUGGUCUAAAAUCCUUGACAAGAUGAAAUCGAAGAAAGAUAAAAGGAAGAAGAUGAAGAAAAAGGAGCAGGUGCUGGUGGUCAGAGCCAAGUCUAUCCAGGAUUGUUCAUCAAAGGAAAGUGAAGGUAGUAGCCGGGAGUGUUCCAUCCAGAGGCAGCAGGACCCCGACAGCGUAAGGACACUGCACCAGAUAGAGCAGGAGGAUGGUGAUCUGGAGAGCUACUUGACCAGCGUACAAGAAGAAAUGAUGGAAUUCAAGCUGUCAUAUGAGAUGUGGCGGGUUGGCCACUGGGCUGUCAGCGUCCCUCAUAUGGAGAGGGAAAAUGAGGAGAUGUGUUUUACAGUUCACCUAGAAGAGAGGGAUAACCCUGAGAACCUUCACUGGGAUGUAAAGAAGACCCAGACGGACAUCAUCCAUUUCUGCAACCUAUGGCAGGACUCUGCUAAUUUACCCUCCCUAUCCGUGUUAGAGGCAAGCACUGAGAGUAACAGCGAGGAUUUUAGAGAAGCCAAAACGUCCCUCAAGGUCUUCUUACAGGAGCUGGUCUCUGAUGCUCUGAUGGGCCACACUCAGCCAGUGUUUCAGUUUCUGUGUCCUCUGGACAAGCUGCUGAGUGAAGAGGAGCAUGUAGGGGGAGUGUGGGGUCUCCUUAGUGGCCUGGCCUACUUCCUGUCUCCAGGGCAAGAGGAAGAUGAGGACAAGCACAACACUCUUCAAAGAGGGACCAAAUCAGAUGAUUCCAACACACCUGAGAAUGCAGACUCAACUGCAACUGAGAAGCUGAAUGAAAACAUUGGUGAUACAAGGGAUGGUUCUCUUUCAGAACCAAGUCCCAUUGAGUGCUGCAGAGGUAAAGUGAUGGUGCCAGUAGAGAAAUCAGACUGUUUGGUUAAUGCAGGCAAAACCGAGGACACAAAAGAGGAAUCGGAGAACCCUGUAACUUCUCACCUAAAGAUGAUCAACAAAGAACUAUCCAGAUCAGAGGAGUGUCUGGCCCAAACAAAAUCCGACAACCCUGAAGACCAGACCGACUCUGUCUGUAGGCCGCGACAUUUCAGUCAAAAUGGAGGCUCGCAAUAUGACCUCGCUGACAGUCCGUCAUGGUGUUAUUUAGUUGGAAAGUCAAAUAAAAAGGAUAAACUCACUUUCAAAAUGUCAGGAGGGAUCCACAGGAGUAGAGUAAAGGACAUGGGGAGUCAGUCAAAAUUAGAAGACUCGCAGUGUUUGAAAAAGAACCAAUCCAGCUGGGAGCAAAUGGAAGCAACCAAAGCCAUUUUUGAUUUGUUGAAAGCAAUAUCUGGUAAUUCCAUCCUCCUGAACAUAUUUGAUGCGAUUCUGAAACCCGUCAUGCCGAUAUUGAAAAAGAAAGUGAAAAGCUUCUUGAAUAAGAUGAACCCAACGGAUGCCCAGAUGGCCUCCUAUAUCGAUAACCUAUGUGACAAACAGUGGCCUGAGGGCUCGCCAGAGGUGACCAGCCCUAAACCCCACCGCAGCAGUCAGGAAAAGAACGAGACCAAAGACCGAGCUCAGCACCUCAUCAAUGCCAGAUAUUCAAACUAUUUAAUCUUGAAGAAGACUGAUAUGGAGACAGUGUUUAAGCUCUUCCAGGACUGUGAAGAAAACAAGAAGCUGGUCUAUAUGCUGCUUUCAUUCCUUUUGAGAGAGCUUCUGCCGGGUGAGGAUGCCCUUAAUGUGAGUGCCAUAACCCUGCAGAAAGUGAACGCCAACUAACUCAUUUUAAGAUGUUCACAGGUCAUGCUUUUAAAUUAACUGUAGUUCUGAUGUUUUAGAAAAUUAAACAAUUUAUUUGAUUGGUUGUCAUGCCUUAACAGUCCCAUUUAAGUCUACACUUGGUGGGAGUAUUAUAAUAAAGAAAUCUUAUGAUACAUUUCCAGAGAAGUAUAUUUUACCUCAUACAUUAAACAUGCUGUGAAUCAUGCCUAUUAUUUAAAAUGUAUCAUAUGUUGACGUGUUAUGUAUUUGGCAAUAUCAGCACACUAAUGUGAGGUUAUUCAAGUUAAAACAUCCUCUACCGGUGACAAUGGCGUACAUCGUUAAUCUCAGAGGGGGCAUAAAUGUACUUUGAUUUCACUGGUAGUGACACACAGAGCACUUUGAAUAAAAUGUUGAAGUUUUGACCUAAAGGGUUUUGAGCACUUUGAGCACUUUCAUAGUUGAUGGGGAGACGUGUUAUAUCAGAAGCUUUUGAGGAAAGUUGUUAAUAUUUUGUUAUUGGAUUUUGAGAAUUUCCAGAAAUUACAUACGCACCUGCCUUCUAAAAGAAAGCUUGCAAGACACUGAAUGUGAAAAUUAAGUGUCUUGUUAAUAAAGCUAUUUUAUAUAUAUCUA